AUGGCCAGACAGGACACUCCCCUCUUCCUCCAUGGUUUUGACCUCAGUGGUCACUUUGUUGACCUUCGACCUCUCGGCUCAGGUGUCACCGGCCUGGUGCUCUCAGCUGUGGACCAGCGCAACGGACAGCGCGUGGCCAUUAAAAAGCUGGUGAUGCGCGACGCCGUGACAGUGAAACAUGCCCUGCGGGAGGUCAAGAUCACCCAUCGGCUGCACCACGAAAAUGUUGUCCAGGUUCAUGAGGUUUUGGCACCAUAUGGACGCCCGCUGCCCCGAGACCCUACCCAGCUCAGCGCCUUGUACAUUGUCCAGGAGUGCAUGGAGACUGAUCUGGCUCGGCUGCUGGAACAAGGACCACUACCCACAGGUCACGCCACUCUGCUGUUCUACCAGCUGCUGAGGGGCCUGAAGUUCAUCCACUCAGCGAACGUCCUGCACAGAGACCUAAAGCCGGCCAACAUAUUCAUCAACACGGACCAACUGCUGCUCAAGGUCGGAGACUUCGGGCUGGCGAGAAUAGUCGACCCGCGCUAUUCUCAUAAGGGCUACCUGUCUGAGGGUCUGGUGACUAAGUGGUACUGUUCCCCCCGUCUGCUCCUGUCCCCCAACAACUACACCAAGGCCAUAGACAUGUGGGCCGCAGGGUGUAUACUGGCUGAGAUGCUGACUGGACGCAUGAUGUUUGCAGGAGCUCACGAGCUGGAACAGAUGCAGCUGAUCCUGGACACAGUGCCGGUGCUGAGAGAGGAGGACAGACAAGACCUGCUACAGGUGAUGCCUUCAUAUGUCAGUCGAGGAUGGAGAGUCAAGAAGCCCUUCUCUGAAUUGCUGCCUGAAGUGGAUGCUCAGGCUGUGGACUUCCUUGAGAGGAUCUUGACCUUUAACCCCAUGGAUCGUCUGACGGCUGAAGCAGCCCUGCCCCAUGCCUUUCUCCAGCAGUACUCCUGUCCAGAGGACGAGCCCACCUCCUCGCACCCCUUCCACAUCGAGGACGAACUGGUGGACAACCUCAUCACCGAGCAGAGCCUCAGCAACAGUCAGGCCUCCAGCAUCCACUGGGAGAGGUAUGAGAACAGUUUAUCAUCAGAUGUGUGUUGGCGGCAGUCGGGCGGGAGGUGCCGCUGCAUGCCCCCUGCCCACGUGACCUCUGACCUUGGAGACACCACGGAGGAUGAGGAGGUGCAGAGGGACCCCAGGGCCAGUUCCACCUCACUCUUAGAGGAGGCGCAGGUGGACCCACGGAAAUAUUCCCACAGCAGCUCGGCUGAACGCUUCCUGGAAAACUCCCACUCCUCUCUGGAGCGGCCCUGUGGUCUGGGGCAGGGGGAACUGGACUGCGGCCGCUCCUGUGACUAUAAAGUGGGCUCUCCCUCAUAUCUGGAUAAAAUUGCCUGGAGGGAGGGCAAGCCUCAACACUACUCAGAACCUAAGCUGAUACUGGAUCUGUCUCACUGGAAGCGCAACACUUACAUCCUCCCUGAGCCUGCUGAGCCCAUUGGUGGCAGCAUGGAGGACCUGGGAGACAUGAAGGAGGACGAGGCAGAAGAGGAGGAAGAGGAGGAGACGGGGGAUUUGUUCCAGGAGAUCUCUCGCUGGGUACAGAGCACCCAGUCCCAUCUGCACUCGCCCACUCCCAGUCCAUGUUUGGAGCCACAUUCACCCUCCUGCUACACCUUCUCCCCCCCUCUUCCUCUCUCCCCGACUGAUAUCCCAACUCCAGUCUUCCACUACACAGAAGUUGUGCGGCAACCGUCAGCUGAUUAUGAUGAAAACAGACUGAGCCCACAUCCGGCUCUUACAUCUUCCUGCAAUUCCCUUCCCUCUCUCCUCCCCACGUCUCCCACCUCUCCCCUUCCUCCUCAGUCACCUCCAACAGUUUCUCCCCUCAUCUCUCCCCUACUUUUUCCUCCCUCAGAAUCUCAGCCCCUCUCCUCUACUUCCUCCAUUUCUGCGCCUGUCAACGAGGAAUCCAUGGAGUCGCUUCCUGUCAAGCAAAAGGAUCGUCUAUUUGACCUGGAUGUCUUCAUAUCCCGAGCACUGAAACUGUGCAGGCAGAACAAGGAGAAAGCAGAGGGAAAGAAAGGAAGGGAGAAAGAUGGAGGUUGGAGGGACGAGAGCAAACAGCCGAACAUUAACAGAAAGGUGCCCAGGCUUCCAGAGUACAGGACUCCACCACCACCACACACACCUAACUCUUGA